AUGGAAACCAAUUUAGAAAAUAACAAAAUCACUGAAGACAUUUCCGACUCGGAAGAAUAUAGGUUUAGCUAUAAUUUCAUUAACGAGCCAUGGGACGAUCGUUCAGACAAAAGCAAAAUUGGUAUCAUUACAUUGCUUCUCGCUACGUUCCUUGCUGUAAUGGCUUUAGUUACAAAUAAUUUACUUCUACAUUAUAGAGGAUUUGAUCCCGAGUCACUUUAUAGAAAUAAUGAAAUAGAUUGUAAUGUUAUUAAGGUUGAAGAUCAUCCUUACGCAGCCCGAAUACACUCUGUCACUUCCAAUGAACUGAUAUGUGUAGGAGCUGUGAUAUCACCUACUUCUAUACUUGCGAAUGAGCUAUGUUUGAAAUCAGGACCCAUCCGAUUGAGACUAGGGAACCCUUUUAAUCCUCAUUGUAAAAAAGGCUUCGGAGUUGACUCAAUCGACGUUAUUCCACAUGAAGGUUUAAUAACAAAGUCAUUGGUUAUUUUAACGACGUUUGAGAGCAUGGUACAUUGUAUAGAGAGUGUUAAAAUAGCAAAAAAGUAUGAUAUAAAAAGGCAAUUUGUUAUAAUUGGAAGACAUUUUCGUCGGGGGAAGUCUCUGUCGCUGCAACUUGCUACUUACGACCCCACAUAUAUAGUGUCAAAGGAACUCUUUCGCAAUAUAAAUCAAAAUAAAACAAUAUGCGUUCAAAGCAUCGGAAAAUGUCCAGUGAGGGUCGGUGACCUACUUUUGCAGAGAGGCCAAUUAUUAGGUCUAGCAUCAAUGAGCAUCCAUCAAAGAGAAAAGGCACAAACUGCCUGCUUCGCCAACUUAAGUAUCAUAUAUAAAGAAAUAAAAAUAUUAGACCCAACUGUAGAAUUUAUUUAA